AUGAGCACUCCUCAACAACCCCCGAUAUUGGGCCUCCCAGAUGAACUGCUUAGCGAAAUCCUCCGGCAUGCUGUUCAGCUUCCCAACUGGGAUUUGGCCGCAAGAUCUGCAUUCGCAACCUACGAUCUCAAAAUCUGCCGGAGGCUAUCCCGCGUGUGCAGGCGAUUCUACAGCAACUGUUUAAAAUUCAAUUACCAGACUAUCCGCCUCGGCCCGCGAGUUGAUGGCUGGAGAAAGUCGCCUACAACUGCCUCCGUAACUUACCUUCACCAUAUUUUGCGGACGAACCCGGUGAUUCCAGGAUACUGUCGAAACCUGUCCAUCUACCCGGGAUAUCCAAGCGACGACUCAGCCGAGGCCCUCACCUACUUCGCAAAUAACCUAGUCCCGCUCCUGGUCAAUGUCAAUACCCUAGAAGUCCAUGGGCCUCUCUCGGCCAUUCUUGGUGAUCGAUCGUGGCUUGUUCUUCGACAAGCCGCCCAACAUAUGACCAAACUAGCCCACCUGGAGCUCACUGGUUAUAUAAACGAUCUUGAGAUAUUCCCGUUGGUCAACCAAGUCGAGUUCGGGGCUCUGCAAACACUCCGCCUCUCCGGCGCUUCUGACGAACAUGAGACCUUGCAAAGACCAGAAAUAAACAAGGCGGCUUGCGACCAACUUUUUCUCAUUGACUUUAAAGCAAAAGCAUCCCACUUGAACUUUCUCAUCAACUGGCCCUCAACAUUGACCACUUUUGUCUUCGAUGAGUUUGAACGCUCAGAACGUGAUAACAGACAACUGGCUCUACCUGAGAUACUACAAAUGCUUCGCAAGCAUAAAGAAACCCUCAAGAUCAUAAAGAUAUGCUGCAUGGGGGCCAGAGUCCCCAUCGAAGAUACACUGGAUACAUCCGACUUCAUGGCUCUUGAAGAGCUCACAGUCUCGAGGUGGCAUUUCGGAGAUCCCGAUCCGACAUUCCAAGCGACUGACGUAGAUUUGGUCGCUGCCCCGAACCUCAAAAGGCUCAUGUAUGAUGCGCGUCGCGACAAGUAUCGACAUAGAUACGGCCGGUUCAAAUAUGACGAUGAAACAUGGAUACGGCAGCUUAUUCGGGGCGCACUCGAUAGAAACCUUUUCCUCCCGCAGUUCGAGAUCAUCUGCGAACAAAAUAUCCCAGCAACCUUCAUCGAUCCAGUGUAUCCGUGGGACAGAAUACGGCGACUCCAAGACGAGUUUCAACACCUUGGAGUACAGGUCACAUGCAACCCGCCUAUCGUGACGAAAUGGGAAUGGAACGCGUUCCAUGAUGUUUCAGAUGAUUAA